AUGGCUCGAAGAUUUACCUACUCAGAAAAAGGCAAAGGGAUAGCUGAACCUGAACCCACAAAUCCGGGCGUUUGUAUACGAGCUCCUCGUCUUGAUACCUCGGAGUUAGUCAGGAAAAACGCCCUUACGCUCAUAGGACGCCUUACCAACCCACGAGAACAGCGCCUCCGGAGCAUGUUACCCUAUUUUUCAAACAAAUGGGAACUCAGGGGCCUAGCUAGGGGCUCGGAAUUGGGAAACAGAUGCUUCCAAUUCCGUUUCGACUAUGAAGACGACCUGAAGAAAGUCCUAGACAACAGACCUUACCAGUACUCGAGGUGGAUGGAGAUUGGAGAGCUCAUCUCCUUCGAAAUCACGGAAGAAGCAGCAAAAAUAAAGGUGGAGAUUGAUGGUCUUAAACCACUGACCAAGGAAGCAACAGUGGAUUUCGAAGAUGGAAGUGAGGCCCAGGUGACUUUGGACUACCACAAACUUGAUAAACACUGUUCACAUUGCUUCAAGCUAACGCACGAAGUAGAGCAAUGCCCAACAGCACCACGACGCCACCACCCCAGAAACCCGGAGAGAAUCCCAACUAAUGAACAAGCCAACCACCUAAAACCCCCUUACUUCACUACUCCAAACCCUAGAUCCCCCACCCUUAACCGACGAAGAGAGGAAGAUAGCAACGGAGAGUUUACCUCGAGGAAACUAGGAAGAGAAGAUAUCAUCCCGGACCACCACGCCAGACGAGGGAACAGAAAAUCUCCACCGCUAUCAUCUGCAAGAAGACCUUACCCCCCUCCAAACUCAACCCGGACUCGCGAAGUGGCCAGAUCUUACCAAUCCCAUUCAGUACGAUCUCCUCCGUUCUGGCAAAGGAACCAAACUCACUAUCCGAGAAGACAAUCCCCCAACCAAAUCUGGCAGGAAAAAUCAAACCAGCGAGGUGAGAACUCAGAGGACAACUUUGCAGCACAACCACGCCACCGAACCCCGAUAAGUCGGAACCUUGACAGGAACGACUUCCCCAUAACCCCAGUGAGGAACCAAACGGAAGAGGAGAUCCUGCAUGAUCUACAAGAAGUGGAUGUUAGGUACGUAAACUGCGGGGAUCCAAUCGAAAGUGCAGCGAGGAGACAGAGAGUCCUAGAGAGUGAGGUUUUUGGAAUGAGGGAAGAAACAGCGGCAUACCUGUACAAUGCGCCAUCUAACCAACCCCACCAAUCACAAAACCCCUCUGAGAGUCCACCAACUGAUCCCCUUCAAAACCUCACAUCUACCAGGAGACAACUGGAAUCCCAAGAGAUACCGGCGACUCUACCUGAGGAACCAGAACGAGAACUAAUCCUCGGGCAUCAGAAGAAACGCAGAGGAAGACCACCAACCAAGGCAACCACCUCCAAGAGAAACCAGCAAACCUCUUCAGCGGGACCUAGCAAAAGAAAAACAAAAACCCAGAUGAAAUCCCCCCUCCUACGAAUCUCCCCGUUUUCGAGAGUUAUUCAUAACAUAAGCACCCUCCAACUCCAAAUUCAAACUCAAAACCAAGCAAGAGGAGAGGUAACUGACCACCCUAACCAACGACAACAAAGGGUGGAAGGAAGAAAUGGAGGAGAGCAAAGCCGGCUUUCAGAAGGACUUCCACCGCGAGCAAGAAACGUCCCGGUAAAACUAAAGGAUGGAGCGGAUUUUCACGAUCCGCAAAAUCCUCUUCCUUAG